UCUACAGUUUAUUAUCAGUUUAGUUUUACUUUGUAUUUAGUUUGUUUCAAAUUUUUAUAAAAUCUAAGAAAAUAAUUACAUAUUUGCACUAAAGAAAUAAAAAUGAUUAAAGAAGCAGAUGAUAGUGUAAAAGUAACAGAAAAGGAGGAAAAUAUUCAAUUUUCAUUUACCAAUGAGUGGAAUACGUGGAUAAAACAUUUGAAUUGGCCAUUUGCCAUUUAUCAUGUGAUUGUUAACAUUGUUGCAGUUUAUGGAGCUAUUACAUUUCCAUAUUCAACUCAUAAAUUGACAGCAUUAUGGAUUAUUAUAUACUAUUUGUAUACUGGUUUGGGAGUAACUGCUGGAGCUCAUCGUUUAUGGACGCAUCGAUCUUACAAAGCUAAAUUGCCGCUUAGAAUAUUUUUUGGUUCUGGUUACUAUGGAUCAGGCAUGUUCAAACUUCGACGGUGGAUUAAAUUGCACAGAAUGCAUCAUAAAUAUUCCGAUACUGAUGCCGAUCCUCACAAUAUAAAUCGUGGUUUUUGGUUUGCACACAUCGGUUGGUUUCUGUUACCGAAGCAUCCGGAAUUUAUGAAAAAAUUAAAAGAAAUUGAUAUGUCUGACAUUAAUGCUGAUUCAGUAGUCACUUUUGGAGAUAAGCAUUUUGUGAUUCUGACAAUACUCAUGACGUUUAUAUUACCAACACUCGUACCAGUAUAUUUAUGGAAUGAAAGUUGGUAUUGGGCUAUAAUUUCGCAAUGUUUCAUUCGCUAUAUUUUUUUAAUACAUAAUCAAUGUUUGGUUAACAGUUUUGCCCAUUUAUAUGGCGACAAACCUUACGAUCGGUCAAUAGUUCCGGUUGACUCUAAAUUGGUUCAAAUAUUAUCAACUGGAGAAGGUUGGCAUAAUUUUCAUCACGUUUUCCCAUGGGAUUAUCGUGCUGGAGAAAUUGCAAAAAUUGACUUCAAUUUCACAAUGUAUGUGAUUGAUCAAUUUAAAAAAAUUGGAUGGGCCUAUGAUUGUAAAACAGCAAGUAGUGAACUCAUUCAAAAAGUAGCCCAAAAUAGGGGUGAUAAAUCAUAUUAAUUCUUUACUCACUGUCGCAAUAAUAUUGUAAGUAAACAAAGUUAUAAUUAGGUGUAUAACAAUAAAAAGUAAUGUAAAAAAAGAAAUUAAAUGUAAAAUAAAAAAAAUACAAAAUAAUAAAAAAAUAUGAAAUAAUAAAAAA